AUGGCCCCUCAUAAUAAAUCAAAUCGAGUGAUAAGCGAAACUGAAAUUCAAAGUGAUAUAAGUGAUAUUAUAGAUAAAAAAGAUUUAAUAAAAAUCGAAAGUAUAGGAACUGAUUAUUCGUACAAACAUGAAAUUGUGUGGGAAUAUGCAAUUCCUAUUCUACUUCUACUUUUACACGUUUUGGCAGUAUGGGGAUUGUUUAUUUUAAUAAACGAAGGAAUCUCAUACAAAUUAGCCUUAUGGACUCUGUUCGUGUUUUUUUUCAGCGCCGAAGGGGUGACGGUCGGAUCUCACAGAUAUUUUACACACAGAUCCUUUAAAGCGACUCCACUGCUGCGAGCUAUUUUAAUAUUAUGCCACACCCAUGAACGAGUCUCUAAUUCGUUCAUGGCCACACCAUAUCAGGACAAAAAUCCCUAUACACUUGGUGUCGCGAUCAUCGUCUACACCAUCGUUACUCAGACACAGAUGCCGACCCUCACAAUUCGAAAAGAGGAUUCUUCUUUAGCCAAAUUGGUUGGU